UACUCAGGAUAUUAACACUUGACGCUCGGGGACAGUAGCCGCGGUCACAGGCUCUCUCAGCCGCUUCAGACCCUCGCCACCUCAGCAGCAGCAGCACAAGCAGCAGUAGCGGUAGAGGACAGAAGACUGAAAGAUAGGCAGUCUCUUUCUCUCAGCUAGGCCAUAGUCAUUGUUGUAGUCUUGAUCGAUGAGUCUGUCCGGGAAACAGCGGUUCUCCGCCAACUCUUUCUCCGGGUUCGGGAGCCGGAAGAUGGCAUUGUCCUCCGCCGGAGGGUCGUCAAUGCGCUCCAGCUUCGGGAGCAGAAUGGGCAUUGGGGUCGGAGGAGGAGGCACUAGUCUCGGAUUCGGGAAGGGCUUUGGAGACGGUGGAGGAGGAGUGUUCAGGAUGUCAUCCUCCAGCCACAUGGCAGGUCUGGGGAGUGGGAUGAGCACCGGUGGCAGCGGUGGCGGUGGAGGUGGUGGAGGAGGAGGUUUCGGGUACGGUGGAGGUGUUGAGGACACGUCCCUCGGGUUCACCGGUAACGAGAAGCAGCACAUGCACAACCUGAACGACCGCCUGGCAACCUACAUGGAGAAGGUUCGCCAGCUGGAGGCCACCAACCACCAGCUGGAGGAGAAGCUGAAGACCUUCACCUUCAACAAGGUGGAGGCGCACGACCUGACCAUCUACGACGCAACACUCAAACCACUCAUGGAGCAGCUCAUGGGUUUCCUGAUACAGAACAAUCAGAUUGCUGUGGAGAUCGACAACGCCAAGCUGACUGCUGACGACUUCAGAGUCAAGUGGGAGAAUGAGCUGUCUUUGCGCCAGUGUGUGGAGGGGGACAUCGGGGGUCUGAGGAACCUGCAGCGGGAGUUUGAGAUGAACAUCACAGCCAUGAUGCAGGACCUGCAGGGGUACGAGAACGAACGGGUCUCCAUGGCGAAGAGCCAUGAAGAGGAGCUGUUGUCCACGCGUGGGGGGAUGACGGGCCAGGUGAACGUGGAUGUCCGGGCUACUAAGAGCCAGGACCUUUCUCUGAUGCUGGCUGAAGUCAGGUCGGAGUACGAGGCGGCCGUGGAGAAAAACCGCAGACAGGCCGAGGCCUGGUACAUGAAACAGGUGGAGAUGAAGCAGGCAGACGGUGGUGACGAC